GAGAGGAAAGGCGGGUGGGGGCAAUCCCAAGCAUCAAGAGCUUUUCAGCCAUAUGUGUGUAAAAAUUCUCUUUCCAUAUCACGUGACACAAGGAAGAGGCUCAAACCCAUUACACAAUAAUAAAAAUAUGCCUUUAGCAAAGUUGAGCCAAAACCUGAAGCUGCUGCAGGAAGCUGGGAAUAGCAUUGAAAGGAAUAAACAUUUUAAAACGCCGUUUGAGGACUUGAAUUUUCAAGCUACCCUCAGAAAGGAAGUUGUCUGCAGAAAUAACUGGGAUUCAGGCUAAACUGUGUGACAAUGAUUUGCAAUGAAACGUCUGCUUAAGGUUCAGUAGAUUUUCCAGUGCAGGGUCAAGAAAGAAAGAGAUUAAUCCUGACGAGAUUAGUCCUGAUAUGCAGAGAAGCGUGAUAGAGAACUGUCUGGAAGCUAGUUAGAUUGAACAAAAACUCAUCUUAUAUUAAGUUUCACCAUGAUUUCUGUGGUUCUGCUCAUCUGGACCGUGCCCUGUGUAGCUAAUCAGCUUCUCAGUGGCUUUGUUAAAGGAGAAUUUCAGAAAGGUUCCCACCAGCUCAUAUGCAACAUGCCAGGGCCACAGGGCCCUCCUGGCCCCCCUGGAGCACCAGGGUCUCCAGGAACAAUUGGGCGAAUGGGGUUUCCAGGAAAGGAUGGAAAAGAUGGUGAGGACGGGGAGAAAGGAGAGCAUGGAGAGGAAGGUCCCCAAGGCAGAACCGGAAACCCAGGCAAACCAGGACCAAAGGGGAAAGCAGGCGCCAUAGGCAAAGCAGGUCCACGAGGUCCAAAGGGCAUUAAGGGGAAUCAUGGGAAAAACGGAGUGCAAGGAAAGAAAGGACCCAAAGGGAAAAAGGGUGAUACUGGGAUGCCAGGACCAUGCAGCUGUGACACCAAAAAGGCCAAAUCUGCCUUUUCCGUCGCAGUCACCAAAAGCUACCCGAGAGAGAGGCUGCCUAUCAAAUUUGACAAGAUCCUUAUGAAUGAAGGAGAGCACUACAAUGCUUCCAGUGGGAAAUUUAUAUGCAGCAUUCCUGGUAUUUACUACUUCACUUAUGACAUCACUUUGGCCAAUAAACACUUGGCCAUUGGGUUGGUCCAUAACGGGCAAUACCGAAUAAAGACUUUUGAUGCCAAUACUGGUAACCAUGAUGUGGCCUCUGGAUCAACCAUUAUUGCCCUGAAGCAGGACGAUGAGGUGUGGUUGCAGAUCUUCUACUCGGAACAAAACGGGCUCUUUUAUGAUCCCUACUGGACAGACAGUUUAUUUACUGGCUUUCUUAUAUAUGCGGACCAGGAUUAUCUCAAUGAAAUAUAAGAGGAGACUGUCAAAAAAUAGGAAGCGAGUUUGGGAGCUUAUACAAGCAAAGUACAGCUUUAAGUGCAUAUGUGUGAGAUAAUCAUAAGACUCUACAUUCUUAGAGCUGUAACGUUGAAUUGGCUAGUUGGAAGUCUCCCAUAACAUUAAAGCAUUGUAUUUUAAUGUCAUUUAAGUUUUAGCACAAGCUCUUUAGUUGCUGUGCUUUCCUAGAACCUUUACUAAGAGAUAAAGGGAAGAUACUCAGUAUAUAGUUUACUUGGAGGUGGGGAGCAAUUAUCACUUGGUUGAUAUCAGGUGUUUCCCACCAGGAUUGUCCUUUUAUUGGGUUUGUACAGCCCGUAGCAUAAUGGGCUCUGAGGUGCUAUAGUAAUACAAAUAGAGUUAGGAUCAGUCAGACCACUUUAAAGUACCCU